UAUAACUUAGAAAAUAGAAUGACAAGUUUGAGGUUAAGUUUAAGCUUUUUUUACAGUGGAUGUAUAAUAGUUCUACUAUUCUACAUAGUUCCUCCUGUUAUUUCACAAGGCUGUGUCCAAGAAGGUACUACUGGAGCCAUAAUAUCCUAUAUUCCAAUGUCUGGUGCCUAUGGUCAAGAGAAUAUAACUGAUGAGGUUUGCUCUGCAAGUUGCGGCUAUGCCCCUGAAGCAGUUGGCUAUGGAAUGACGGGAGAAGGCAUAUGUAUGUGUUUACCUCAGCUUAUGAUUAACAGUUUCAGCCCUGCUACCGGAACAUGUGGUUAUGCUUGUCCAAAGAAUCCAGCUCAGAUUUGCGGCAGCUACACUGAAAGCAACAUAAGUUCCGAGGUGGUGACUGCCAAUAACUCCAUCUUCUGGAACUCUGUAAUCCCUCCGCUGAAUGCUGUCAGCUUCGAUCUUAAAUCUACAUUUACUGCACCAAAUAUUGUGACUGUUGCGUUGUCAAAUGUUAGCACUGGAGGCGCGGCGGCAAAUAUAUCAUUCGCCAUUAAUGAAGAUACAAUCGGUGGAGGUUUAUCAAGUAAUGCAGUAAAUAUUGUACUAAACCAACCAGGAGAUGUUGUUGUGACUGUUCGAGCGGAAAACUCUGACGGAGUACGUGUCAGCCAAUCCAAAGUUGCAUUAGUUACAAUGCCGCCGCUAACUAAAACAAUUUUGUGUGACGUUGUUGCAAGUGAUGAGGAGGACUAUUUUUGUUCCUACAGUGUUAAAUAUUCUUCUGGGCCUAUCACUGCUGGAUUCGCAUCUACAGUAGAUUAUCUUACUCCAGGUGCAAACUAUGAAUAUUAUGGGAAUACUCCUCAAUAUGCUGAUCCACUGGUUGCGUUCCAGAGCAGUAGUGUGACCAGAACUCUAGUAUUUGGCAAACGAGUUGAGGAAGAAACUGUCGUCACAGAAAUUCGUGGAUACUCUACAGCCAGCGGUUCCAUCAAAAUAAAAAGAUUUACACCUGAUUGUGACGGGAACCCAUUUGAAGCUAGGUUUAGAGGAAGAUGCGAAAUUGACUUGCCUUACACAGAGAAAAGGACUACAACCAUAUUGACCGACGAGAUAGAUUGUAAGCCAGAUUACGUGUUUGUAGCUGCUGAAGUCACCUGCAGAGAUCCUGCCUGCUCAAUCUCAUGUUCUGAAUUAGAAACCCCAAACUACUCGAAGUUGGUUGGAGUUGGUGGGGUCGUAAACACUAUUCCUCAAGGUUACUUCUCAAUAAUUCUAACUGAGGAUUUACGGUUUACUGUUUAUCCUGGAGACUAUCUUGGUUUUGAAGGAGACACUAUAGCUGUCAGUGAUGAAACGGAUACGACCCUUGCUGAUAUUGAACUAUCUGCUGAUGGUUCGAUGGUGUCCAUUCUACAAAAAUCCUAUUUACAAAUUGUGACAGAAAGGAUGAACUUUUAUGAUCUACCAAACCGAUGUGCAAGCACAGAAAUUGCAACUACCCUUACUUUUUCGACGAAUGAUGGAACAAACACUAAAACAAACCUGACAAACUGUCAAUAUCCGAUUGAAGGUCUUCUUCCAAUGAUUUCCUUCUCAAUUACAACGGUUCCCGCAGAUAUUGAUGUAAACGAUGUAAAUGCAGUUUACUACGCCAGGGUUGAUGAUGUUGUUACCCUGGAUUCCACAAUAACCAAGGGGUGGCCUGUAUACUAUACUGUUUCUUGGGGAGAUGGAACUCCAGACGACGUUCUUCAUGAAAACGGAACGAAUGCAAAACCACAGACAUUUACUCACAACUUUGAAAGUGAGGGUAACUAUACAGUGAAUAUAACUGCAUAUAACCUGCACAGUGAAGAUUAUGGUAUAGUGGGAUAUAAACCGAACACCACAAGGACCCUGUAUAUCCAGUACCCUGUCAAGGAAUGGAUUAUUGAAAUAGAUCCAAACUGGUUGGACUCUGACGGAGCUUAUGUCGCUCAGCUUGUUUAUCCUGACAACACACCCUGGCCAACUGCAGCCAGCUACUGGUGUGAUUGGGGGGUUGGACUUCCACCAGUAACUUCAGGAAUAUUUUCUUUUGUUGAUAAUGUAUAGAACAAAUACU